UCAAGGAGAGAACCAACCAGAUAUCAAAGAUGCAGUGGAGUCUGUAUCUGCUUAUUCUGAUGGGUCAGUGUUGCUUCUUUACAUGCCGCCUGUAUGAGUACCACUUUAUUGCAGAAAACAAGAGCUGGUAUGAAGCACAGAGAUACUGCAGAGAGAAAUAUACAGACCUGGCCAAAGUGUUUGACAUGACAGACAUGAGCAGACUCCGUAACUCCACACAGAAUCAAGGAGAAGCCUGGAUUGGACUGAACAACAACACAGGUGGAAACAGGACGUGGCAUUGGUCUCUGCCAGGAGUGGAAUACAUUCAAAAUGACAGCAGCUGGAAUCUGAAUGGAAGACACAAUGAGCCGCCUGGGAACUGUGUGAGGAAAAGAUACCAGCAAGCAGAUUUAAAGCUGGCAGAUGUUUCAUGUGCUUUUACAACAUGGUUCAUCUGCUGUGAUGAAAUGAAACAAGACAAAAGAUUUUAUUUGAUUGAUAAAUUUAUGAACUGGACACAGGCUCAGAGCUACUGCAGAUCCCAAUACACUGACUUGGCCAGUGGACUGGAUCAGGUAGAUGGAGAAGAAAUGAAAGCCCUGUUUACCAACUCUACCUUUAGAGCAUGGGUCGGUCUGUUCAGAGACAGCUGGAGGUGGUCAGAUGGGAGUGAUUUCUCUUUCAGAUACUGGGAUAUGCAGUUAUUCAAUGAUGAACAAAGCAACAAGACAUGUGCUAUGACUCUGUUAAACAGAUCAGGAAAAUGGAGCUCUGAUGAAUGUGACAAUAAAAAACCCUUCUUCUGUUAUGAUGAUAAAUUGAUCCUGAUCAAAGAAAACAAGACAUGGAAGGAUGCCUUGGAUUACUGUAGAGAGCUUUACAAGGACCUGGUCUCCAUCACUAACGGUUACCAACAGAGAUGGGUCCAGGAAACAGCCAAGAAUGCUGACAGUCCCUAUGUUUGGAUCGGACUGAGCUACAAAUGCACUCUGGGAUUAUGGUUAUGGGUCAGUGACUACGUAGUCUGCUAUAAGAAGUGGGCCACAGAGGGGAAAACUGAAGGGUGUGACAUGUCUGUAGGCGUGGACAGAGGAGGACAGCAUGAGUGGUUCAGUCGCAGGAAUAAUGAGACGUAUAAUUUUAUUUGUUCUAAACAGUAAGUUUUAAACUUAAACUCACUUACUGAUUUCCUACAAAAACCUAAAAAUUAUCAAAUCAAAUAGUCACAUAGUAGGAAUCAAGUCAAGUCAAGUCAUCUUUAUUUAUAUAGCACAUUUAAAGGACAUCAUGUGUCGGCCAAAGUGCUGAACAGGGAAUAAUAUAUCACUUAAUAAAAUCACCUGUAAAUAUACUAGUUUAACUAAUCUAUAUUAUGUUAAUGUGUCACACUGGUCUUGAGAUAAAUGACAGAAAAUAGAAAAGGUUCUCUGGUGAGCAUGUGGUGCAAUCUCAGCUUUUGAAUCAGUUCUAUUAAAAUGUUUUUUCUAAGUUAGUGACGCUUAUAUAUAACAAAGUUAUUAGACAAGCAGAUGGAGAAAUAGCCACAAAUGUAAAGACUCUUGAACUCUUGACAAAUGUCAGGCUCAGUCACUAUGGUUACAAGUCACUCUGAAA